UAUGGGAUAUCACUUCAGAAUUUUAUAAACACAAAGGCAUGCGCCAAUCCGCCCUGCAAAAAAUUUGUGAGGGUAUGCAAAUAGAAGGUUUUACUGUAGAAGAUGUAAAAAAUAAAAUAAAAAGUAUGCGAUCUACAUACUACCUUGAACUGGACAAGAUUAAAAAAUCCUCCACUUCUGGUGCUAGUGGUGAUGUUUACCAGCCGAAGAUAAAAUGGUUCGCCGAGUUCAAUUCAUUUAUAAGAAAUGCAAUGGUGAAAAGAAAAGUACAGGAAAAUACAGAAUCUCAAUCUAGAGUGCGGGCUGAUGACGAUCCCUCCGCUUUUGCACCAGAAACUCCUACACCAGAAACUCCUACACCGGAAACUCCUACACCGGAAACUUCUGCACCGGAACCACGAAAGAAGAAGUCUAGAUUAACAGAGUUAUCUGCAAUUGUCAAAAACAUGAAGGAGAUCAAAAAUGACUUCUCCAACUCAGAAAGAGAGGAAGAUGAAUUUGAUAUCUUUGGAAAAUACAUUGCAACGCAAUUAAGAAAACUUUCCACAGAACAGGCUAUCCUAGGCCAAGAAGAAAUACAAAAAGUGGUAACAAAAUGUAGACUGAACGAUUUGAGAUUUAGUAAUACGAGUUAUUCUCACAUACUACAAGCGCCUGGUCCAAGUUCUAAUACAUUUUCAAUGAGUCCAGCAUCUACUACAGACACCCAAGCCACUGAUGAUUCACUUAAUUUAUUGUGUGAAGAUACAGAAUACGCCAAUAUUAUUAUGAAUGCUUUCAAUCAAGCUUAAAUGUGAAAUAGUGUUAAGUAUGAGGAAAUUAUAAUAAAGAAAAUUAGUUACCUUGAUGUGAUCUUUUAAUGCCCUUUUUAUUUCUUGACAAACUUCUGAUAUGAUUUGCGAUAUAGAUGAUUUUGGCAACCGAAACAGAUGACUGAGGCUUCUGUAACUAUUUCCAGUAGAUAAAAAGGAUAGAGUGACUUCUAGUUUUAAUUUUGCAGGUAUGGCAUCUCUUAAUAAUGUAUCGUUACGUUGAAUAUUGUUUGAAAUUAAUGAUAACAACUCCUCAAAAUUUUCUGCUGUCAUUCUCAUUGCCAAUCUAUAUUCAUAGGCAUCUUCUGAUUUCAGCUGUUGCAAAAGCAUUGUUGAGCCUCCUUUUACAUUUCUUUCGCUUAUCCAGUUUCUCACCCAAAUCCGCUUUUUUCUUUUUAGUUCUUCUUCAACUACAUCAGUUACUUCUUCUAACAGUAAUAAUUGAACAGUUUUAAAACAAUUUCUAAACUCCUUUCUUGAAAGCAUUGUCACUAUAGUGUUAUCGAUCUAACAGCUUUUGAAUGACUGGAAUAAUGUGGACGAUAUAAUCCAGUCCAGUACUGGACUGGAUUAACUCGCUGGAUUACUGGACUGGAAUAAUGUGAACUGACCAUAAAAGUAACUUA